UCCCCAUGCAAACCACCACAUAUAUAUAAAACCACUUCCUUAGUUCCUUCAAAGUAAAAAAAUUCUUCACAAUAAAUUCAUCAACAUAUUCCUUAAACCUCUUCCAUAUUCUUAACAAGCUAAAAUCCUGCUGAAGCAAAACAACCUUAGCUUAUUCCUUCCAUUUUCAUGGCUAAUUCUCAUUAUUCUAAAACCUUGCAUCUUCCAUGCAAAGCCUUUUCUCUGGCUAUUCUCCUUGCUUUCUUGCUUCUUGUUGGUUCUUGCACUGCAACAAGGACAGGAGCAACCAUGAGGCUGAAUGAAGGCUCAGAACUUCUCCGGCCAAAGCAGCAAAAACCACGAUUUCCAUACAAAGGUCUUGUUUUCAACUUCUUCCCCAAAGGGGUGCCAAUACCACCUUCAGGUCCUUCAAAGAGGCAUAACUCAUUGGUGGCUUCCACUCCUCAGAAUUGAGAUGAACAUGAUGCCCAUUUUGCACGAGUUUCUCCAUUUUUUUUCUUCUUUAAUUGUUGGGUUUUUAAUUGAUAAGAGAGAUGAAAGGUUUGCAAUCAGAUAUAGAUCAAGCACAAUGAUAUUAUAUUAGAUCCUUAGAAGGUCUGAAAUUUUUUGGUUAUGUAAUUCUAAAUUUUACUGUACAUAUGGGAUAUGGCAUAUAGUAAUAAUAUAUUUACUCAUUUUCAGUUUGA